AUGCCUGGUGACGUGCGUGAACUUUUAUAUCACGUGCGUCACCAUUUUUUAUCUGUAAAGGAAUAUAGAGGACGAAAUGAAGAAUAUAGGAGCAAAGAAAGAGAGCGAGCAAAAAGAGACAGAGCAAAUUACAAUGAGGAGGAGCAGAAUAAGAAGCGUGAACAAGGUAAAUUAAGGAUGCGAGCAUAUAGACAAAGACAAAAAGCAUUGAAAGAGUCAAUAGAAGCACACGAAGAAACUCCAUACAAGACAAAGAGUGAUGAGAAACGUGCCAUCAAUAGAGUUUUAUUUCAAGUCAUUUCAACAAUGCCUCAUUCUCCAAGGAAACGUGCAUUUGUCAAGCAUAACGUUUGUCAACACUUAUUAGGAAAGUCUCCCAGCAAUCUUAAUGUGUCACACCGUUCAACUGCUUUGUCUCCUAAAGUGAGUUAUCUUCAGCUAACAUUAAGAAAGGCUCACAAGCAGUUUCAACAGUCGUACAAAAAUGUAAAAAUUGGAAAAUCAAAAUUUGCUAGUUUACGUCCGAAACAUGUUUUACUCUGUGCUGAGACACCUCCCAAUAUCUGUGUCUGUUCUAUUCACUACAAAUUUAUACAUGUAGUGAAUGUGUUAGCACCAUACUUUGAAUCCAUUCCUCUUUACGAUAAUGAGUGGACGGAAGUUAAUGCUGUUUGUAUCAACCCAUCAGAAAAGUGCUUCUUCAAUGAAUGCACAUUCUGCCAAAAUGCUGCAUCUUUUCAGCACCUUGCAGUCGAAAAUGAAAAAAUAAUGGUCAGCGUUAGUCAGUGGCAGAAAACGACAAAUGAGCUUCUUGGCAGAGAACAAUUUGUUAAGGUGACCGUGACUCAGUCGUUAAUUAGCCUUCUUGAGGAGUUCAGGCGUCAGUUGCCCAAUUUUAUUCGUCAUCAUUACAUAAAGCGGAAACAAGCUGGUCUGUACAAUCAUCUCAGAUUAAAUUCAUCUUAAAGAAAUAUAUUGCUACAAAUUGACUUUGCUAAAAAUUAUACUUGUCAACAGCAAGAUGAAAUUCAGCCA